UACAUAAUCCAACCCAUCCUAUCCAUCACCCACUUUUCAAAUCUCCGUUAUUGUGUUUUCGUACAGCCCUCCCUCCUCUCGAGUCUCGGCUAUCCUGGGUUAUUUAUAGCAACAAGAAGAACAAAAAACCAAAGCGGUUAAGGUUAAGAAAACAAGUCCAUGAAAGCAGGAAAAUGAUAAAUUCUGUUGCAAAAAACAUCAGCAGAGGAUGGUCUUCGCAAAUCUGCAACAAUGCUCCCAGAAUUUCAUCAUUAGGAGGCCAUCAUCAUAUUACUUGUAAAUUUCCUACUUUCACCUUACAUUCUUCUAGAACUUUUUCUUCCUCUUCUUCUGGGUCCCACUUUGGUGGGUUCUUAAAAUGGUAUUUGGGUAUGCUUCAAACCCGCCCAUUUACCACAAAGGGAAUCUCUUCUUCUCUUAUAUUUGCUGCUGCUGAUUUUACCUCUCAGAUUAUUACAUUGCCACCAUCUGGAUCAUUUGACUCAUUCCGUACAUUGCGUAUAGCUGGAUAUGGAUUGCUAGUCAUGGGACCAUCUCAACAUCUAUGGUUCAAUUUUCUCUCAAGGAUCUUGCCUGGACGAGAUGUAUUCACUACUGUGAAAAAAAUAACUAUGGGGCAAGCUAUUUAUGGACCAAUUAUGAAUAGCAUUUUCUUUUCCUAUAAUGCAGUUCUUCAAGGUGAAACUAGAGAAGAAGUUAUAGCAAGACUGAAGAGAGACCUUUUCCCAACUUUAAGAAAUGGUCUUAUGUACUGGCCUUUGUGCGAUUUUCUUACAUUCAAAUACAUCCCUGUCCAUCUGCAGCCAUUGGCAAAUAGCUCUUUUGCCUACCUUUGGACAAUAUACCUAACAUACAUGGCAAGCUUGAAGAAAGUUGGCAAGGAUUAAUAUCAGAGUUUUUGUCAUAAUUGUGGUACCUGCUAUAUUUUACUUGGUAUCGGAGUAAAUUUAUAUCAGAAAUUUUGACUCUUGAUUUUCAGGUUUAGAGUUGUUACUUGUUGUAACUUUUUAGUGUAGGAUUAUACCUUCCAACUUUUAUCAAUAAAGCUUGUUGUGGCAAGGAUUAAUAUCAGAGUUUGUCAUAAUUGUGGUAUCCUAUUCAGACACGGAUUGAGUGUCUACUCGGAUACGGGUGUCCAAGUAUCCGACUCGAUUAUUUUGUAGAAAAAAGAUAAGUUUUUAGUUUAGAAUAAAGUAUCCAAGUGAAGUGUUGUGUUGGACACGACACAACACCCGGUUUUUGAGGUGUCGGAGUAAUAUAGGUGGUACCUGCUAUAUCUUGCUUGGUAUCGGAGUAAAUUGAUAUCAGAAAUUUUGACUCUUGAUUUUCAGGUUUAGAGUUGUUACUUGUUGUAACUUUUAGUGUAGGAAUUAGGAUUAUACCUUCCAACUUUGAUCAAUAAAACUUGUUUUGGUGGUUGUUAUUUUAGAACAACACAAGUUUUGCAGCAA